AUGAGCACAACAACCACAAUUGCGCCUGCAAAGGCAAACAUUGGUGUUUACACGAACCCAGAGCACGACCUUUGGGUUGCUGAGGCAGAACCUAGCCUCGAGGUUGUCCAGAGGGGUGGAGAUCUCGCAAUUGGCGAGGUCCUCUUGAACGUUAAGAGCACUGGUAUUUGCGGAAGUGACAUCCACUUCUGGCACGCAGGAUGUAUUGGUCCUAUGAUCGUUGAAGACACACAUGUUCUCGGACACGAGUCGUCCGGCGUAGUGAUGGCUGUUCACGAGUCCGUCACAAACCUCAAGGUCGGCGACCGCGUCGCUAUCGAGCCUAACGUCAUAUGCCACAAGUGCGAGCCCUGCCUGACAGGGCGCUACAAUGGCUGCGAGUCCGUCGAGUUCCUCUCCACACCUCCCGUGACAGGCCUGCUGCGCCGCUACCUCAAGCACCCCGCCAUGUGGUGCCACAAAAUGCCCGACAGCAUGACCUUCGAGGACGGCGCCAUGCUCGAGCCUCUCUCCGUCGCCCUUGCUGGCUUCGACCGCGCCAAUGUCAGGCUCGGUGACCCCGUACUCGUCUGCGGUGCCGGUCCCAUCGGUCUCGUUACGCUUCUCUGCGCACAGGCGGCAGGCGCCGCGCCCCUUGUCAUCACAGACAUCGACCAGGGCCGUCUCGACUUUGCCCGCAAGAUCGUCCCGCGCGCCCUCACACACAAGGUCGAAUUCAGCCACACGGUCGACGACUUCCGCAGCGCCAUCCUCAAGCUCACAAACGGCGUCGAGCCCUCUCACUCUCUCGAGUGCACAGGCGUCGAGUCCUCGAUCGCCGGCGCCAUCCAGACCGUCAAGUUCGGCGGCAAGGUCUUCGUUAUCGGCGUCGGAAAGAACGAGAUCAAGAUCCCCUUCAUGAGGCUGUCUACACGCGAGGUCGAUCUCCAGUUCCAGUACCGCUACUGCAACACAUGGCCCAAGGCCAUUCGGUUAGUCGAGAGCGGUAUAAUCCAGCUGCGCGAUCUGGUCACACACAGAUUUGCGCUAGAGGAUGCUGUCGAUGCUUUCAAGACGGCGGCCGACCCGAAGACGGGUGCUAUCAAGGUCCAGAUUCAGAGUCUGGGUGAUUAG